GAUUAUCUGAAGGUUUAAAGAUUACUCUAGAUAUUUUCUCUCAAGUUUCUAUUGUUCUUAAGAUUUGCACAGCGUAAGAGUGAUAUUCUGAAUGUACCAAGAUUUUAUUCGUAUUGUGGUCAAUUCACGGCAACAGCUGUAACGAAAUAUGGAUCAGUGGAACGGAAGAGUUGCUCUUGUCACUGGUGCUUCCACGGGGAUUGGUGCUGCCAUCUGUCGAGAGUUGGUCAAACAUGGCAUGAAAGUCGUCGGAUGCGCGAGAAAUGUCCAAAGGAUACAGGCUAUGGCUGAAGAAGAAACAAUUGUCCAGUCUCCCGGCUCAAUAAUUCCAAUCAAGUGCGAUCUUACAAAAGAGGACGAAAUUCUAUCAAUGUUCGAUAAAAUUCGAAGGACUUUAGGAAGACUGGAUGUGUGCAUAAACAACGCAGGGUUGAGCUUUGACUGUACUCUUCUAGAAGGUCAAACAGAAGACUGGAGAACAAUGCUUGAUGUAAACGUGCUUGCUUUGUGCAUAUGUACACGUGAAGCUGUGAAACUGAUGAGAGACGUCCAUUUAAAUGACGGCCAAAUUAUCCAAAUCAGCAGUAUGUCUGGACAUCGAAUCCCAGCAAUGGAUAUCAGCAUGUACGCAGGUACAAAGUUCAUGGUUCGAGCCCUUACAGAGGGACUUCGGAGAGAGCUGAGAGCUGCGAAAAGCCACAUACGUGUUGCGAGUAUUAGUCCAGGACUCGUCGAGACGGAAUUCGAAUACAGAUGCUAUAAGGAUAACCCGGAUAAGGCAAGAACUAUCUAUACAUCCAUAAAAUGCAUGCAGCCAGAAGAUAUCGCUCAAGCCGUUAUUUACAUCUUGAAGAAUCCACCGCAUGUUGAAGUGAACGAUGUCUUAAUGAGACCAGUGGAGCAAGCAGAUUAAAGCAUUUCCCUACUCCAUACCUUCCAAAGUAAUUUCAAUUAAAAGGCACUUGAAAACAAAAGUGAUAACUUUUUAUAAUAGUUAAAUUAAUUGUAAUGCUUUUAGUAGUUAAAUUAGAAAUAAUUUCAAGCACAGAAGGCAAGAUUUAAGGAAUUUGCAAUCUAAGAUAGCUAUGUAGGUGAAAAGAAUGAAUAUAAAAUGCAAAGGCGAAAUUAAGUGGGAACUUAAAUUAGAUUUCAUUUGAUCUAUGGUAAAUAGAAAAAUGUAUGCUGUACGUCUACCGUGUAGUAGCUUAUGUCAUGGAUGACAGCAUGAUGAUUGUGUAUGUAUGAAGGUAGAUCCAAAAGUUUCCGACCUCUAAUAAAUUCCUGUUGCAGACAUGUAGAAGCAAUACUAAAUAAAUUUGAAAGUAUCGGUACAAAAUCGUCUGCUUUAACUAUUAAGUAAAUGAAGUAUAGGAUAGUUUGUUCUAAAAUGUUUAAAGUUGUGUACAUUUCUGUGAUUAAUUUUUUAAUUAAAGAAGAUCUUAAUUUCAAAGAAAUAAAACUACACUUCAGUCAAGUAUGGCGACUAUACUUCUUCCUAUUAUACAGUAACAGAAUGGUUAAAAGAAUUUCGCUUGGGCCGAGAAAAUGAAGAUGAUAACUCUCUUAAAGGCACUAAUAUUACUCAUGUUCGUAAGGAAAUAUUGAGUAUUAGAACAUUUAAAAUACCAGAAGAGAGCAAUGGAAUAAGUUCUGUAUAAAACUGUUAUUAUGUGUAUAUUUUUAUAAUACAAAAUAAUGUUUGUGUUUGCAUAAUUUAAUUUUUAUACAUGUUUUUUCUUAUGUAACCAUACAUCUUAAAUAAACAUAAUAUUUUUUUGCGAAUAAAAAAAAUUGCUGGUGA